CCGGCAAGCCGUAGGGCGCUUGGUCCUCCGCUUUCCCGGCAUCCUGUUUGUGUCCAUGCAGAUGGCGACCCUGUUAGAGACCGUGGCGCCGGGUAUGAGCCGUCACUUCGUCCCCGAUCCAGCUCCGUGUGGGUCCAGUCUCUACCCCGAAUGGAUGAGCCAGGAAGUCAGCACGGGAACCACCAUAAUGGCUGUGGAGUUUGAUGGUGGAGUUGUGAUUGGUGCUGAUUCUCGAACCACCACAGGGUCAUACAUCGCUAAUAGGGUAACGGAUAAACUGACCCCGAUUCAUGAUCUGAUUUUCUGUUGUCGCUCAGGAUCUGCAGCAGAUACCCAAGCAAUUGCAGAUGCAGUGGCCUAUCAGCUUGGUUUCCACAGCAUUGAACUUGAUGAACUUCCACUAGUGCAGACAGCUGCUAAUUUGUUCAAAGAUAUGUGCUAUAAAUACAGAGAAGAGCUGAUGGCUGGCAUCAUUGUUGCUGGGUGGGAUAAAAGAAAAGGUGGACAGGUCUACACUGUUCCAAUGGGGGGCAUGAUGGUACGGCAGCCAUUCUCCAUUGGUGGCUCUGGAAGUACCUACAUUUAUGGCUAUGUCGACUCCUCGUACAAACCUGGAAUGACAAAGGAGCAGUGCUUAGAUUUUACAGCAAAUGCUCUUGCACUUGCGAUGGAUCGAGAUGGGUCAAGUGGUGGGGUGAUUCGCUUGGCAGCUGUCACUGAGAAAGGAGUCGAGCGCAGCAUCAUCUCUGGGCGCCAACUGCCAAAGUUUCAGUCUGCGUGAAGUGGCUGGAAAGGGCAGUUUAUUACUUGAUUUCAAUAUUUCUUCAUUGCUGUCAAUUAGAUUUCAUGUGAUAUAUUAUGCAGCAGUGUUGUUUCAAGGGUGCCAGUAGCAACCUUCAGGAAAUACUAGAAAUGAAAUUAUUCAAAAGAAUAUUGGUUGAAUGUUUGUUUCAUGAUGCUAUGGUUACCAUUGUAUUAGGAACUGUUAUGCUUAAAGAAAUCUGAGCACCCAGCAAUUAAACAAUAGAACGAUGCCACAGGAUUUCAUUGUUUUAUACAAAAGAAAACCUGUUUUUUAACCAAUAAGAUUUAAUAAAGUAAGCAUAACUUAUGCAACACUA